UAUUUAUAUAAUACCAAUAAUGGUUUAAUUCAGUAUUUCGUUAGUUUACUUUUAUUGGCUUUCCUUUGGGCUCAUUAAAAUAAAAUAGUGCAGCAAACCACGAACCGAAGGAACUCCUGUUUUUCAAGCAGUCCUGUCACAUCAAUUGAGGGUUUCCUUUUUAUGAAUCUAUUUCUCGGAGUGUUCUGUUCGGGGGAGAAGUUUGAAGCAGCGCUAGCUUGAGCUUGGCCCUUCUAAUUAUUCAGGUGGAACCGCCACCCUUGUUCGUAGUUUUUUUUUCCUCUUUUCAUGCUAAUAAAAAUCGUGUACCAAAUAUAGUUUAACUGAACAGUUGAUAGGUUCCUAUCUAUUUAUUGUGUGGUUCCUUCGGUGCCCAGAUUAGAAUCCUGCCGAAUCGAAAAAAGGGAAAGAGAAACAGACGUCGCGCAACCCAGCAACAAUAGACUACCAGCACAGGACAAUGCCAGAGUGGGCGGAAGCUAAAAGGGAAGGCAGGCUUGCAAUCGAACCAGCCACAGUAGCAGCACUGGAGGUAGCACUGGAAGCCGAGCAGGACACCGAGCAAGGCAGUUCAGCGUCGUCCAGCGAGACUUCGUCCCCUACCAAGAACCAAUCCGGCCAGGUCAACGGCAACCAGCAAUUGCACAUGGAGGAAUUAAAGGAUGCCAGCAUUCACCACACGGCCUUGAAGUUGUCCGAGGAUAUCAAAGCUAUGAAAAUCUACGGCAGUUUAUAUAAGAUGGUGCAGAAGCUCGCGUGCUCACCUGAAGUAGACAAGGACGAUAUGAAGCAUACCCUCGAGGCAGCCAUCAAAGCGAACGGUCUGGAAACCGAAAUUCGCAAUGUUAUCUAUCAUUUGAUCAGAAAUUCGCUCAAAGCAGAAACCAAACCCACGGUGCCGUCCAGUGACCCGUUAUACUAUCUGCGCCGGGCGGGUAUUCAGUGGGAACGACGUGUACGUAAAUCGCUCAACUCCAUGUGCUCGGAAUCAAAGGCCCAACUGCAAGGACAGAUGCGUUCAGCUACGGACCGGGAAGAAAUUCUAACAAAGUGGGACGAACUAAGCAACUAUCAAAUCGAUCUGACCAACUAUCGGCCGGUUUACGCUCCGAAAGAUUUGCUCGAUGUGCUUCUUUCCCUGAAGGGCCCCGUUAAACAGGAUGAAACAGAGUACAGAAAAUACUUCCGCUUCUCUCAACAACAAAUUGCCAGCAAACUCAAACUUAUCAAAUCGUUUUUCAGUUUUCUUCCAAAGUGGGAAUUUUCGCACAUUUCGCUUCCGGUGAAAAAUCUCUUCGAGUUGCGAGUGCAUUUUUCUGAGCUCUUGCGCAAUGAUAACAAUGGAGGUACGACUGAUUGGGCAGUCACGUGUCAGAAGAUCCUGAAGACGCGUCAUGCCCCUUUGUGCCAGCAAGCCCUGAAGAAGGGCAUCACACCACCUCCGCUUCGAGGACAUCUGUGGGCCUACGUGCUUGGCAGUCAGGUGGAAGCGCAUCACGCCGAGCAUUGGGACAAUUUGAAACAGUCGGUGCUAACGACGGAAUCUAUUGUUGAUAAGCUAGUAUUCAAGGAUGUUCAAUUGACGGCAACUAACGAUGAUCGGUAUUUUGUAUUCGAGGAUGUGUUGUAUCAGAUCAUGUUGUGCUUCAGUCGUGAUGCUGAAAUUAGUCAAAUGAUUCAAACGGAGUUCACCAACUCAGCAAAGGUUAAGCAAUACGAGGGCCCAGCUUGCGGAUUCGUUCCAUUUCAUGGUAUCUGCAUGUUGGCAGCACCAUUCUGCUACUUGUACGACAAUCCCGUUUCGUUGUACUUUACGUUCCGCGCAUUCUACGUUCGUUACUGCCAUCGACUAACCACGAUAAAUACCCACCCACAGGGAAUCGUCAGUUUGUGUCUGCUGUUUGAAAAACUUUUGCAGACACACGAACCCCAACUGUGGUCUCACUUUCGUGAAUUGCAAAUUCAACCCAUUCGCGUGGUGUUCAAGUGGCUGAUGCGUGCAUUCAGCGGUCACCUUCCUCCGGAGCAGCUGCUCAUUCUGUGGGAUCUUAUCUUGGGCUACGAUAGUCUGGAAAUUUUAUCUCUUUUGGCGCUGAUCAUAUUGAGCUUUCGUCGGGAAAGUCUGAUGCAGGUUGUCACUCUGGAAAACAUUGAAGCCAUAUUAUCGGAUUUGUCCUCGGUCAAGGUGCUACCUUUGAUACAACUCACGUUGUCGCGAGACUGAGUGCUACGAAACUUUUUCAUGUUGGAAAACGAUUGAUGGCAAAAGAAGGUAGAUAAAAGGCGGUAAACAACAAAAUAGACUUGGUUAUAGGAAAUUCUAAAA